GGGUCCAUUUCUGCCAAGUGCACGGUAGCUGUGGGUGGCAGUGCUGCGUGUUGCCAAAGUUCGAGGGCAUUGCCAACAGUUCUCUCCAGCAGUCUUCUCCUCUUCCCCUUAAAAUGAUGAGAGAAUGGACCACCUCGGCUGGUUACCACACCAGUUAGUUUGUGCCAAACACACCCUGUGCCUUCACAGCAGGUUCCAGCCUGCAUCCCUGUGGUGUCUGCCUUUCUGAAUGCACCAGGUACUUGUUCCCUCUCCUCUUCCUCCUUUCCCCUUGCCCACGUGCGGUACGCUUCUCUGCUCCCAGUCUGCAGGAUUGUCUCUACCUACAUCCAUCCUGCUGUGUGGCUGCACCUCCUGCAAAGGGACACCAGAAAUGUAACUUGGAAAUACCUUUUUCUUAUGGGGUUUUCUGUUGCUCUGGUAAACAGCAUCUAAAGCAGAUCUGAGCUAAAUGCACCCUGGGACUCUGCUGUUGUCACUGAGUUAGAGAAGGCCCCGAGGCACACCACACGUGUGGAAAUCCUGUGGAAAUCACUGAUGUCAGAGCAGCAACUUGACCAGCAAUAGCAUAUGCAAGUGAUGUUAUUUACAUAGCAACAUAUUCAAGUAGUGUUGAUGGUAAUUUUGAAGUUACAGUAUUAAACUGAUGCUUUUUUUCCCCCUCCCUCCUGUUUCCUUUUUCUAAUGUUUUCUGGAGAAAAGAAGUAUUUAUUUUGGCAGAAAUAUAUCUUCUAAUAAAAACUUUCUCACUGUACUCACCGGGCUGCGGUAGGUUGUUUGUUUUGCCCUUUACAGGUAUGUUAACUAUUUCUGACUGUGUUGUAUGAUGCGGGUUUGUUUGCUGGGCCCUGUCCUGCUCGUCUCAUUCAAACUGUUCUCGGGGCACGACAGCAUUUACCAAACCAGUAGACAUGGUGCACAGUGGGCAAGGACUGGACUGGAUGAUCCGAGAGGUCUUUUCUAACCUUAACGGUGCUGUGAGUGAGCUUAGAGGUGAAAGAUAGGAGCCCAUCCGUUCCUGCAGAGGUUCCGAGAGGAGCUAAGCAGCGGGCUGGGCCAUGGCAGGUGCGUGGCACCUGUGGAAGGAUGCCCUGCACAUGCUCAAAAGGGAAAGUUUUCCUCCAACCCGCGGCAGUCGCUUGAGGAACUGAACCGGGCCUGCCGCCUAUUUCCUCAUUCAGGAAACAGAUCAUACUCAGCUGCUACGAGUAGCGGCCGUUGCGCUGCAGCUCAGCGCCGUUAAUCCGUGAAGUUUCUGCCACGAAUCAGCCUGGCUGUGCCGCUGCCGCCUCUUAACUCCGCUCGGAGCCGGGGCCUGCCGGCAGCGUGCACCGCAACCCCCGGCCCCACCUGCCGCUACCGGGCCGGGGCGCAGCUCCCCCUGCUCGGCGGGGCGCACGGCCGCGCUCAUUUCCGGCGUCCCCGCGGCUCCGCUGUCCCACGGUGGAGCGGCCGCAGGUGCCCGCUCUGCUCCUCCUCGGCCGGGACAGGCACAGCCGAGUUUGCAGCCCGGAGGAGCAACCAGACCUCGCUUCUCCUCUCCGAGACAUGGAGCCCUGACACUGGAACCUCAGAGGGAAGAAGCUGUUCAAUUUUCCCCUGCCCUGGGGCAAAAGGCAUUGAAAAGAUGGAGAACCGGAGGAGCUCUCUCCUGAGAUAUGUCCACUGGGAAGCAGAAGAGGAGGGGGACGAGGAGGAUGAUGUGGCUUCUGGUGCUUCUCCUUCCAGCCAAAUGAGCGAACUGGAGGACGUGCAGGUGGAGAUGCUCGAAAAGGCGAGGGAACUCUUCCAGCUCUGUGACAAGGAUAAGAAGGGCUUCAUCACCAAAUUGGACAUGCAGAGGCUUCAGAGUGAGCUCCCCCUAACCCCUGAGCAGCUGGAGACUGUUUUUGACAGCUUGGAGCAGAACAAUAAUGGAUACCUGACACCUGUGGAGUUCAGCAUGGGACUAGGAAAGUUAAUAGGAAUCAAUUUGUGUCAAGGGGCUGGAAGGACAGAUCGCUCCAGUCACGAGGAGACCUUUGAGUCAGGUUGGUCAGAUGACAUGGACCCAGCAGAUGAUGAAGAGAAACGAUUCUGCUCCAUGAUGGAGCAGCUGGGAGCAGCCCAGGUGUUUGAAGAUCCCAGCGAGGUUCGGGAUCUUUGGGCCCGGCUACGAAAGGAGCGUCCGGAGCUCUUAGCCAAUUUUGAGGAGUUUCUGUUGCGUGUUUCAUCGUACAUCAGGGAGGUGAAUCAUGAAAAGGAGUCUAUGGAGCAGGCAUUGAAGCGAAAGGAGACGGACCAUGACCGGGAAGUCAGGUGCCUUUAUGAAGAAAUGGAGCAACAGAUCAGAGCAGAAAGGGAGAGGCUAAUCUGCCAGGAAGCACUGAGACACAGCAGGAGUAACCUGCUCCAAAAGGAACUGCGCAGCAAAGAGCAAGAGCUGGAGAAAAUCCUCUAUCGUCAGAAGAAGCUGGAACAUCAGCUACAGUCUCUGAACUCAGAGCAGCUGGAGACCCGUGUGCAGAAUGAAAGGCUCCGGCACCUGAAUGAAAACCUGCUGGAGGAACUGGAGAAAAGCAAAUGGGAGCUAGAGGCUGUCAAGGGACAACUGCAGAAGCUGCAGAAAGAGGCCCAGAAUGAGCAAGAGCAGAAGGACAGGGAUGUGUUCAGAGUCUCCAAAAACAUGCAAAAAGAGAAACAAAGCCUCCUUCGGCAGCUGGAGCUCCUCAGAGAGAUGAACAAGAAACUCCGAGACGAGCGUGAUACUUUUGAAGCCAAGAAGCCGGCACCUCAGAGCAAAAAGCCCCUCUUGAAGAAAGGGUCAGUGCUAGGCAGUUACCUGCUGGACGACAAGCCGGUCAAACGACAACUGGCCUCUGCGGACCUUCCUGUCACCUUCCCAAUGGAUGUGGCAAUGGAGGAACCCAACAGGAAGAGCUGCAAAUACUUCUCAGGCAAUGGGACGUGGCUGAAGACAGGAGAAGGAGACAGAACGAACUUUGCAGAGAAGAACAGAGACCAAGAGAAGUGGUCAGUGAGAGCAGAUGCUGAGAAGCUAAAGAUGGCUUUGAAGAGUGACGCUGACUGUAGAAAAAGUGCAGAUGGGUUGGAUGAUGCUCCACUGUCUCCUAGAAGGCAGCCAGUUGGCACUGAAACCAGGCUCCAAGUGCUGGAACCUGCCAGUUGUUGCCCCGAUCGUAUCUUCAAAGUUGUGUUUGUGGGGAACUCUGGCGUUGGUAAGAGUUCCUUCAUCCAUCGCUUCUGCUAUGACAGGUUCUUGGCUGAUCUCAAUGCAACUAUCGGUAUUGAUUACCAGGUGAAGAGUCUGAUGGUGGACAACACCCAAGUUGCUUUACAGCUGUGGGAUACAGCUGGACAAGAAAGGUUCCGGAGUAUCACCAAGCAGUAUUUCCGGAAGGCAGAUGGGAUUCUGGUGAUGUACGACAUUACGGCCGAGUGCUCCUUCACGGCAGUGCGGAACUGGAUGAGCAGCGUCCAGGAGGGCAUUGAGGAUGGAGCUGUGGUUUUUCUGCUUGGAAAUAAAAUGGAUACCGCAGGGAGAGAGACUCGGAGUGUACCCAAGAUGGAGGGAGAAAGGCUGGCGAAGGAAUACAAGGCUGUCUUCUAUGAGUGCAGCGCUAUGACUGGCUAUAACAUCAUGGAGCCCAUGCUGCACAUGGCCAGGUUGCUGACAGCACAAGAAGACAGGCAGAGGGAGAAUGCCCUGCAGCUGGAAGAUGUCAGGAGGAAAGGGUGCUGCACAUAAAGAACAUCGGUAUGUCAGCAAGAGCCAAGUGUCGGCACUAUUUCAUGAAGCUGGGAUUCCUUCUGAGCAAGUUGAACCUGAUGGUAUCAGGUCUGCAGAGAUUUAGGGAAGCUGCAACUUUUCCCCAUCUGGGAACUUCAAGGCACUAAAUCAGGGCAGAAUGUGCAUAAGAUCUGUACUGUUCCCUUCCCCACCUGCAUGUCCAGGCCUGGUCAUUUGAGGCCUCUGAUUUCUUGGGGGAAUUUGGCAGGCCUUAGCAAAUGGCACAAACCGGGUCUUCUGGCCAGAGGCAUCGUUUCCAUGUAAAACGAUGAAGUCUUGUUCCUUUAGUUUCUGGCAAAAAGAUGGUCUAGCAGCAGAGGGGAGGACGCAGUGGGUGAUGUGUUAAAUUGAUUAUUUUAGUGUAAGAAAUAAAGAGAUGAUUUUAAAUUUGGGCUAACUCUAGGUAGUGAAUCCUUCUCUCUCUAAGAGCAGCAGCAUCUUGGUUCUAUAACAGCAAAGCCCAGGUGGCAGCCUGCUGAGGUAGAUAGGGAAGACUUUGCCUGUUCUUGUAAGAUCUGGAUCAGGCUCUGCACUUGGUGGGAAAUCUGGUUUGACUUGCCAAGAUUGCAGAUAACUGAUUCCAUAUGUGGAUAUAGCAUGAACUGCUAAAACCAUUAAUCCCACUAGCUUUCUUCACUGUGUUACCCUAAUGAACUUUGCCACUCUCCUUGCUGUACUGUUCACAGAACAUAGAGCAGUUGCCCUGAGACUCACAGGCGACUGUUGUGCAGUUAGGUGUGGACAUAUCCGCGGUACUGAAACGUGCCCACCCUGCUGGCCUGAAAGCAGAGCUUUGAAAUGUACUUGGGCUGGAAGCAUGAGGCAGCUGCCUCAGCUGCAACAGGUACAUAGUGAGAUUUUUGCUUUCGCAGUGACCUUGUGCAAUAACCCCAAUUUCCUUAUGAAGGGCCUCAGCAAGAAAAGGGCUACACCUAUUCCUGUUAGGAAGGAGCUUGUUUUCCACCAUGGAGUGGUGUAAAGCAGAACGAGAAGUGAUGGCUGAGGUAGGAACUGGCCCCACAAGCACAUCUCUCAGCUACCUUGGCUCUGCAUAGCUGCUGCUGUGCCUGGGCGUGAAGAGCCUUUCUUUCUCUGUUUUGUAGCUCAGUAGUUUUUAAAGCUUUGUGGGUUUCUCCUUGAACCUAUUUUUUACAUGUCUUUGAAAUCUUGGGCACAAUAUGUGAUACUGCAGCUAGGAAACAGUUCUCCAACCCUCAGCAUAGGCAAGGCCUGUAUUUAUCCACUCUUUCCUCUCAUGGGGAUAAGGCGAUUACUCUGGUUCCAAAUAUCUGUUUACUGCACAAAUUUUUCUGGGAAUAUUCCAUGCAGGAAAUGUGUUCUGAGUCACCUACUGCAUUACACAGUCUUUCCGUGGUUCCUCCCAGUGCCAUUUACUUCUGGUAGGAAAGAGGAAGCUUCUCUCCAGAAGUGCCAGAUUCCUGACUUAAAGGAAUAGCUAAAAGUACGAAGUGUCUGCUCAGUCCUUACUGCUGACUGUGGUUCUUGCUGUUGUACAGCUGGUGGUUUUAACUGUACAAACUGACGGGGAAGCAGUACGUUAGAAGAGGUCCUGAAGACACUAGGGCUGCUGGUUUUGAGCUUAAGGUAACACCAGCAGUGCCGCCGGUGAAACUGCUAGUGUGUGCAAGAAAGGAUGUUUGGGAAGUGAAAUCUCUGUUCUUGGAAAACACAAACCUUUAGGCUGCCCUGUACCAGGUGAUUGCCCAAAUGCGAAUGUGGAUUUUGUGCAUUCUAACCAAUGUGACCAUGAAGGAGCACAGACACUGUCACCUGCUAAAUCAGUACAACUCACUAGCUGACUUGGAGGAGCUGCUGUCAACGAUUCAUUUGCAACGUGCUCCAGUUAUAGGUUAGUAAGGACUGGCAAUGAGAAUUGACAUCUUAAGUCUGGACACAUCAGUAACGCCAACGUUUACUUACAUGCAACAGCAUGCUGGGCAGGACUUUGUAAGCUGCAGCAGAAGAAGAGCACGGUAUCUAAUCUGCUAACCUGGUUUGAGUGUGCAGCUCCCACACUGUGUAAAAAGCACAUGAAAGAUAAAGGAGGAAAAUAUACCUGGCACACAAGUACCAUACGGUAUGCGGUAAUUACCUUCCUCAGCACUCGUACUGCAACAGGAGGAACUACCACGUGUUUGUUUUUUGUUUGUUUUUGGUUGGUUGUUCUUAAUGUUUAGUCUUAAGGAUGUUUUCUAAGUGGGCAAGCAGGGUGCAGGCAAUAAAGAAAUAAUGUCUUGCAAA